CAAGAGAGUACAUGGCAGGAUCUCAGAGGCGGCUGCUGCCGUUGCUCGCCGUCACCGGCUGCUUCGCGCUGCGGCCGCAGCUCGCUGCCCGUCCGCAGCUCGCAGCCACUCGCCCAGCUUCGCGCGCCGCGGAGCCGGCGCUGCCUGCGGCACCAGGCCUGGCCGCCGCCGCGGCACUGCUGCUCCAAACACCGCUGCCGGCGGCGGCGGCCGCGAGUGGAGAAGCGGGCUUUUCGUCGGCCUCGUACUACACUACGCUUACGCUCUACGUCCUCGCCUUUCCGGGCGUCUACUCCCUCGUCAAGCGCUCCACCAAGUCCAAGGUGGUGCGCAAGACGUACGAGGUCGCCGGGCCCGCCGCUCCCGCCGGCCGGCCUGUGCGCGAGCUCGCCGGCGACAUCCUCGCCUUCUUCCAGGCUAACAACUACAAGGUGAAGGACCGCGGCGACGUCAUUGUCUUUGAGGGCGUGCAGGCGCCGCUCGCCGGCCGGGCCGCCUUUUUGACCUUUUGUGUCUUCAUCGCGCUCGGCUCGCUCUCCCUCGUGCUGACCAUCCUCGAGCAGUCGGUGCUCGGCGAGGGGAACGGGCUGGGCAGCUGGUGGUACGCGUCGACCCUCGUCUCUCCCGUCGCGGGCAAGUGCUACCUCGACAACGCCGAGCGGACGGACCUCUUCAAGGUCAAGAUUGUGACGUCGGACGACGAGAUGGUGUCGGACGUCGUCAUCGAGGGGGACGACGAGGAGGUGGACCGCUUCCAGCGCACCCUCGACCUGAGCGAGAAGGGGAUGGUCCGCGUCAAGGGCCUCUUUGAGGGCUGAGAGCGGCUCAAGCCUCGCUCAUGCCGGCUCUAGCACGUGGUUUUUCCCUCUCCGUCUGCUCGCGCUCGCGCAUUCCGCAUCGAUAAUGUCGUCCGGAGAAUUCGCAUGAGAUUACAUAUUUCGUCGGACGCCGCGGCGGGCCCGACCGCCGCCGCGAGCGGCCCCGCCGACGGCGGGACUCGUCUUCGCUCUCGUCUAUCCGUGAUCCGAGCCGUGCCCCGUGCGUGACGCCUGUUAAAUGCAUUUGUUGGGGGCGGCUGCUCUUCUUUUUCGUUUACACAACGUACGCUC